AUGUGGCGGCUUGCAGAUACCCAGCGUGCCUUGCAGGCGGUGGAGCGUCUACAGGCCAAACUCAAAGAGCGGGGGGAGGUGCCCACCGAGGAGAAGCUCAGCCUACUCAAGUCCGUGCUCCAGAGCCCCCUCUUCCACCAGAUCCUGGCCCUGCAGAAGACCGUGCACCACCUCAAAGAACAGGAAAAUGCCACUUCGACGCGAGCGGAGGAUUUUGUGGCUGCCGUCAAACCCAACGGAGGACACUUUUCUGUCCCAGAUCUCUCCUCUAACAUCAAUGGCAGAGCUUCAGAAGAAUUUGAACACAUCAUGCACGCCAUGGCACAGGGUCGCUACAUCGUGCAUGCAGAGCUGCAGAAGCCUGUGUCGGGAGGCCUCGGCUUCAGCGUGGUCGGCCUGAAGAGCGAGAACAGAGGCGAGCUGGGCAUCUUCAUCCAGGAGAUUCAGUCAGGAAGCGUGGCCCACUGUGAUGGAAAGCUGAGAGAAGCAGACCAGAUUUUAGCCAUCAACGGUCAGCCUCUGGACCAGUCCGUGACGCACCAGCAGGCCAUCGGGAUCCUGCAGAGUGCAUCAGAGCAGGUGCAUCUCAUUGUGGCCAGAGGUCCCAUCCCCAGACUGACCAGUCCUGGGGUGUCCCGCACACCCUCCACCGCCAGCACACUGUCCGUCAAGUCAAGCGCGCUGCAGCAUGUCGAGACCAUUGAGCUGGUCAAUGAUGGGACCGGUCUGGGCUUCGGCAUAGUGGGAGGAAAGACCAGCGGUGUUAUUGUUAAAACCAUUCUUCCUGGAGGCAUCGCUGAUCAGGAUGGGCGUCUGCGCAGCGGGGAUCACAUUCUGCGGAUUGGAGACACAGACUUGUUUGGCAUGGGCAGUGAGCAGGUGGCCCAGGUCCUCAGGCAGUGUGGGAACAGGGUGAAGCUGGUGGUAACCAGGGGCCCGGUGGAGGAGAGCCCUUCAGCGGUCAUGCCCGUAGUGCUACCCACUGUCAACGAGCAACAGGGGUAUGAGGAAGACGAGACAGAUGCGUUUGAUGUGAGCCUUACAAAAAACGCCCAAGGACUUGGCAUAACUAUCGCCGGCUAUGUUGGUGAUAAAAAUGCAGAGCCAUCUGGUAUUUUCGUCAAGAGCAUAACCAAAGACAGCGCGGUAGAACAAGAUGGACAAAUUCACGUGGGAGACCAGAUUAUAGCCGUGGACGGUGUAAACAUCCAGGGGUACACCAAUCAGCAGGCAGUGGAAGUGCUCCGGCACACAGGGCAGACAGUGCACCUUCAGCUGGUCCGCCGCGGCUUCAGACCCGAGGAGAUUCCCCCCACCCUCACCCCCAUUGUGUCCAUCCUGCCCACCAUCACUCCUCCUCCACCCACGGCCUCCACCGCUGUGAGAGAGCUGGAGCUGGAGCCGGAGCCGGAGCCAGACACUGAACAAGACCACGUUCAAGUGGCCUCAGAUGAAAGGCAGCCCCACACAAAGACCGAAGGAUCUGAUGUCAGCAGACAGCCGGAUCACCUAACACAAGACAAUCGUGUAAUGAAACUUGCACCGUUUGAAGAGGAAGAACUAGUGGCGAAGUGGCUGGAGAUUCUGGGACCAAAUAAUGAAGUUGUUGUGGCACAGGUGGAGAAGUUCAGUGAGAGGAGUGGGCUGGGCAUCAGUCUGGAGGUGAACAGCGGACACCACUACAUCCGCUCCGUGCUGCCCGAGGGGCCGGUGGGCCGCUGUGGCAUGCUGUUCAGUGGAGAUGAGCUGCUCGAGGUCAAUGGGAUUUCUCUAAUUGGAGAGUCCCACAAAGAAGUGGUGAGGAUCCUGAAGGAGCUGCCUCUGUGUGUGUUCAUGACAUGCUGUAGACCUGCUCCAUACGUGCAGACCGACACGGACUCCAUUGGACCGGAGCCCGAGGACUUGAUCACUCAGUUUCAGAAACAAAUCGACCUGAAUAAUGUAUUGGGGGCCGAGAACGCGGAAGAGAAUGCCAUGGAAGUGACACCAGAUAAUGUGGCUGUGGAAGCGAUUGCAUCUGCUGUGGCCAUGUGGGAACUGGAGGUGCAGAAUAUUGAGUUGGAGAAAGGAGAGGGCGGACUGGGCUUCAGCAUUUUGGACUAUCAGGACCCCAUGGAUCCCACCAAGACUGUGAUUGUAAUCCGCUCCCUGGUCCCCGAUGGCGUGGCGGAGCAGGAUGGCAGGCUGUUGCCAGGAGACCGCCUCAUGUAUGUGAAUGCCACUAAUCUGGAAAAUGCCAGUUUAGAGGACGCUGUGCAGGCCCUGAAGGGAGCCACUCUCGGCAAAGUCCAAAUAGGUGUCUCCAAGCCUCUACCUGGAAUAUGUGGGUAUUCCCAAUCAUCAAGCGCCAUCCAUUCAUUUGAUUUCAACACUAUUUUGGUUGAAGAAGGAGAGGAAGAAGAACUGGCUCCUGAGGGCAUCCUCUACCGAGCAGAGCCGGCAUUGAUUGAUGCCGGCGAAGCAGAUCUGCCUGAUGAGAAAGCACUGGAGCAUACUUACGCCGCUAUUGACGACGACACUUUCCACGCUUCUAUGAUGGCCCUUCACGGCAGCAGCUGCAGCACCGACCAGGACUUCUUACACACAUCCACACCGACGCUUGCAGCUCACCUCGACCUGCUGGAUCCACACUUUGUUACGAGCGGCCUGGAAGAAGACAUCGCACCUCCGCCUUUCUCCAUGGAAACGGCCUCCACGUACAGCCCUGCGAGUUUAAGGCAUAACAUUCUGGAUUUCAACUCCAGCGUGGCCAGUUCAGACCAGUUCAUGGCGACACACACAGAAGAACCGGUGGACGGCUUGCACUCCUACAGUCCGUUUGCCGAAACGAUCCAAAACAAGGACAGCGUCGUCGAGGGGAAGACGAUUCACUUCACCCAGCCUCCCAUGGCCUUUGCAGACAUGGAGGAGAUGAAGAUGUUGUUGAAAGACGAGGAGAGCGCCGAGCAAGAAACCGCUGAAGAUGAAGACAAGGAAGCACUGACCUCCGGAAGCAGUUUUGAAAGGACCAUCACGGUCGUCAAGGGCAAUUCUAGCCUAGGGAUGACAGUGAGCGCGAUGAAGGACGGCUUGGGAAUGCUGGUGCGCAGUAUCAUUCACGGGGGUUCCAUUAGCCGCGACGGGCGCCUGGGUGUGGGCGACCUCAUCCUCGCCAUCAACGGGGAGCCCACAGCCCACAUGAGCAACUCCCAGGCCCGGGCCAUGCUCCGCAGACACUCUCUGAUAGGUCCCGAUAUGGGAUCUGCUUGUGCACCCGAGGACGAUCUGUGCCCGUUUUAUGUCAUCACAUAUGUCCCAGCUGAAUAUUUAGAAGAAUACAAGGCCAGUCUAUCCCAGGUGAAAGAUGAUUACGUCUCGGAGGACAUCCCACCACCUCCUUCAAGAAGUGUUCCUAAUCUUCCUGAGCGCGAGGAUGGAGAGGGAGAAGAGAGCGCGUACAGCAACUGGAACCAGCCGAGAAAAGUGGAGCUGUACCGGGCGGCGGGAAAGUCUCUGGGGAUCAGUAUUGUCGGGGGCCGUGGCAUGGGCAGUCGUCUGAGCAACGGAGAAGUGAUGAGGGGCAUCUUCAUCAAACACAUCCUGGAGGACAGCCCCGCGGGACAGAACAGGACCCUGAAGACCGGGGACCGCAUUGUCGAGGUGGAUGGAGUGGACUUGAGAGACGCGAGUCAUGAAGAAGCAGUCGAGGCCAUUCGCAGGGGAGGAAACCCUGUUUGUUUUGUGGUCCAAAGCUUCAUCAAUAGACCAAGGAAGCCGGCUCUGCCCUUUCCCCUGCCACGUAGCCAGCAUGGGUCAACUCUAUGUUCCACUAAUCAAAGCACCUUAGCACCUGCCCCCUCCCAGUCGUCGGUAACAGAUCCGGGCGAGGACAGAGCCGCAGCUGUAACAAGGGACGCCAAGAACAAGGCAGCGAAGCGUGAGAAAGUGAAGACGUCCCCCAGCAGCCCGGCGCUGCUCCUGCCAGUGGUGCCUCAUGUGGGAGAGACAGAUACAGAUACCCUGAGAGAGGCCUCCCCCCGAGCGGAGGAGGAGGAGGAGGUGGAGGGGAGGAAGGAUGGGCCGGAAGAGCCAGAGGAUGAGUUUGGAUACAGCUGGAAGAACGUAAUCCAGCGCUACGGCAGCCUCCCCGGGGUCCUCCACAUGAUUGAGCUGGAGAAAGGCAGGACUGGGCUGGGCCUAAGCCUGGCGGGCAACAGGGACCGCGCCCGCAUGAGUGUGUUCGUGGUGGGGAUAGAGGCCAGCAGCGCAGCGGGCCGAGAUGGGAGACUGAUGGUGGGGGAUGAGCUGUUAGAGAUAAAUGGUCAAGUCCUGUAUGGCCACAGUCACCAGAAUGCUUCAUCCAUUAUCAAAAGCUCUCCUUCAAAAGUCAAGAUAAUUUUUAUCAGAAACACAGAGGCGCUCGACCAGAUGGCUGUGGGGCCGAUGAGAGAGGGUGAAGAAGACUCCGUGGAGCCCCAGGAUGAGGUGGAAAUGACAGCCUCAAACGGUGACAUCACCAGCUUAAAGGAGGACAGUGAACCUGCCUGUGUGUUUGAAGAGCCCAGCUGUGAAAGUGAAGACGAGGUGAAGCGGCACAGCGAGGAGAAAAUCAGCCUGGAGAUCAAUGACUCAGAAGGCCUUCCCAGUUUCCCCAGUAUCACCUGCUCCUACAGCCAACAGGAAGCGGAAACUUUAACUAUGAGCCGUUCGUCCACACCUUCCACGUUGGCCUGUGAUCCCACGACUUGUCCCAUCAUCCCGGGCUGUGAGACCACCAUCGACAUCUCCAAAGGGCGCACUGGGCUGGGCCUGAGCAUCGUGGGCGGCUGUGACACGUUGCUGGGGGCCAUCAUUAUCCACGAGGUUUAUGAAGAAGGGGCUGCAUCCAAGGACGGUCGGCUGUGGGCAGGAGACCAGAUUCUGGAGGUGAACGGAAUAGACUUGCGUGCCGCCACACACGACGAAGCCAUAAACGUCCUGCGGCAGACUCCACAGAAAGUCCGGCUCUCGGUCUACAGAGAUGAAGCCCAGUUCAAAGAGGAGGAUCUGUGGGACUCCUUCCCUGUGGAGCUGCAGAAGAAAUCGGGCCAAGGCCUGGGUCUGAGCAUCGUGGGCAGAAGGAACGACACAGGAGUUUUUGUGUCGGACAUUGUGAAAGGAGGUUUGGUGGACGCUGAUGGCCGCCUGACGCAGGGAGAUCAAAUUCUGUCCGUGAACGGAGAAGACGUGCGCUGUGCCACCCAGGAAGCGGUGGCUGCUCUGCUCAAAUGCUGCGUUGGGACGUUGAACAUGGAAGUGGGAAGGUUUAAAGCUGGGCCUUUCCACUCUGAAAGAAGGCUCUCUCAGACCAGUCAGAAUGAAGCGGGCGCCAGAGCGGGCCCACAGUCCUCUUUAGAGCCAGGCAUUUUCCCCAGUGACACUGACAAGCCCAGUAGGAGCCUGGAAUCCUUGGAGCAGCCGGACACCAGGACUGUGGAGUUCACCAAGGGCCCCUCGGACACCCUGGGCAUCAGUAUCGCUGGAGGAGUGGGCAGCCCUCUUGGAGACAUUCCUAUAUUUAUCGCAAUGAUGAACCCGGUUGGCCUCGCUGCCCAAACACAAAAUCUUAAGAUCGGAGACCGGAUCCUGGGUAUCUGUGGGACGUCGACUGAAGGAAUGACCCACGCUCAGGCGGUGUCUCUGCUGAAGAACGCCACGGGCUCGAUACAGCUGGAGGUGGUAGCUGGAGGAGACCACACUGUGACCGGACCUUCUUCACAAGAGCAGGCCACUGGAGCCAUAUCAGCCAGCUCCAUAUUCCAAGACGACACCGGGCCACCUCAAUACAAAUCCAUCAACUUGGAGAGGGGCCCCGAUGGACUUGGGUUCAGUAUAGUGGGAGGUUACGGGAGCCCACACGGAGAUCUGCCUAUCUACGUGAAGACCGUGUUCGGAAAGGGCGCAGCGGCGGAGGACGGGCGUCUGAAGAGAGGAGACCAGAUUAUCGCAGUGAACGGACAAAGUUUAGACGGAGUCACGCACGAGGAGGCGGUGGGGAUUCUGAAGAGGACCAAAGGGGCUGUCACGCUCACUGUGCUAUCGUGA